AUGCUUCUUGUCAUAUCAAGCAGUACCUCUCAGUAUCCUACCCCAGCCUGGACUGCUCAGAAGAAGGGAAUUGCCAAGACAGAAGCGGGCACUACUCUGGUGGUGCCGCAGAAAGAAACAGACCACAGAUGGGGUCAGUGUCUUCCUGAAGAGGUGCUGAUCACCCAAGAUGGUGCUGUACCAUUUUUAUGCAGGGUGGGGAGAGUUUGUCGUCUGUGGAACGCUGCUGCCUCCAGUUCAGUUCUGUGGCGUAAGGUCACUGUAGGUUACUGUUGGAUUGCACCAGGAAAAAGCCAGCUCCAUAAAACUGAGAAGAAGAUAAAGGAGAGUUUUAACUGGCUGGCAGAAAACAGAUUGUUCCAGCUGCGAAGCUUCUUUCUCUGUCACUGGAAAAACAAUGUUGACUACGCAGUAGAGGUUGUGUCGCAGUUCUGCCCUCACCUUCGCUCCCUCACACUGUCUUACUGCACAGGCCUAACAGCAAGGGCCUUCCACAUCGUUGGUCUGCACAGCCGGUCUCUGCAAAGCAUAAAUCUCCAGCAUUCAGAGUUUCAGGCUGAGGGUCUCCUGGAGUGCCUUGAAAAUCAUGGGAGCCAGAUCAAGCAUAUCUGGUUCACUCAUGGACUAAAGUAUGAGAGACCUCUGAUGGCCAUAACCAGAGGACAGUGUCCUGAUUUUGAGUUGUUGGAGGUCAACACAAACCUUGACAGUAAAGACUGUGAACUUCCUGUUUGCAUCCAGGCACUACAGAUGGCAUGCCCUAAACUCAAGACCUUCCGGAUGCUGAAUGUCAACCUCGUCACAACUGGUGCCGAUUCAAUGUCGGGCUUCCCGUUACUGGAGGAGCUAUGUAUCGCAACCACUUCUUAUUCCUACCUGACAGACAGAGAUUUGUGGGACAUUCUUUUUGGCUCCACAAGGCUGCGGGUGCUGGACCUGCAAGGCUGUUCACGAAUAACUCCGUUGGGUCUCGCAGCAUUACCUUGUCUUGAGCUUGAGUGCCUGUUUUGAGCACAGUAUUUCAGCAGCCAUGUUGGGUUGUCAUCCCCAAAGAAGGGAAUCCACAUGGUGACCCAAAAGCGGAGUCAGACACUGCAACAGCUUGACAUUGUAAAUCAGCUCUUUACUGAGGAGGACUUAGGGAUAGCAAUGAGUUACCUUGCUCAGGCAAAUGAAAGAGACACCCUACAUUCACUGAAUCUGAGUGGGGCAAGGAUCACCCCACCUGCCCUUAGGACAGUCAUCAGCCAAGUGACCACUCUUAACUACCUCAACCUUUCAUCCUGCUGUUAUUUUCCAAGAGGAUUGAAGAGAAUUUAUCGUGGCCAAAAAGACAUUCAACAGCUACUGGACAAAUUGGAGUAGUUGUGAUUUUAAACCAAUUUUUAAGGCAUAAUUAAAUGUCUUUAGACAUGCCUCGAGGGCUUUGGAAUCCUAUGUAAAAGCUGUUGCUGCUGUAUUGUCAGUAAAAGCACCGCCUACAUGUAGCUCAAGGGGUGACAUGGGAAUGUUGAACUGAAUA